AUGUUAGUGUACAGCAUAUUUAUGGAUGGUGAAGUUAAUGAAACGUAUCUAACUCUUGACGGACAUGUAGAGUUGCACAAAUACAGGUAUCUGUAUUUUGUUGUCACACUGACUGUGUAUAUUUUCAUUGUUAUUGCUAACCUGACCAUUGUGUAUGUUAUAUGGAUGCAUGAAAACCUCCAUGAGCCCAUGUACGUUUUCAUCGCCGCUUUGCUUCUCAACUCUGUUGUUUUCAGCACUAACAUCUAUCCAAAACUGCUGUCAGAUAUUGUAUCUGAGAAACAGAUUAUAUCAUAUUCAGCUUGUUAUGUGCAGUUUUUUCUCUACUAUUGUUUGGGCGCUUCAGAGUUUUCACUGCUGGCAGCCAUGGCCUACGAUCGUUACGUGUCUAUAUGCAAACCUCUGCAAUACGCGACAAUAAUGGGGAGAAACACAGUGAGUGUUUACUUGAGUUUAGCUUGGCUGGUUCCUGCUUGUCUGAUUGCAGUUAUGGUGGUACUGAAUGUGAAUGUAAAGCUCUGUAAACAUAAUAUAAAUGGGAUUUUAUGUAACAAUUCAAUCUACGGUCUCCACUGUGUAGACUCGAAGGUGCAAACUGUGUUUGGUGCUGUUGUGCUGGUUUUGACUCUGUUGUUCCCUCUGCUUUUCAUCAUUUUUACUUACACCAGAAUAGUUAUCAUCUCCUAUCGUAGCUCUAAAGAAGUCAGAAAGAAAGCUGCUCAGACCUGCUCGCCCCACUUGCUAGUGCUGAUCAGUUUCUCCUGUCUGUGUGCGUUUGAUGUCAUCGUAGCUCGACUGGGAUCCAACCUUACAAGAUUAAUCCGUUUAAUAAUGACUUUACAGGCAGUUUUGUACCAUCCUCUAUUAAAUCCAAUCAUAUAUGGUUUAAAAAUGAAGGAGAUUUCUAAACAACUGAAAAGGUUGUUUUCUCAAGCUAAAGUAAUACACUUCUAA